AGGUGUAGAGUCCAGACCCGGGGAAGAGAGGCAGUCAGGAGAGGCCAGAAAGGACGUUGCUAUGGUUUCCACGCACGUUGCCUCCCUCAGCUUGUUUCUUUGCGCGGCGCUGGCGAUUCCGUAGUUUCCGCUUCCGGUAGCGAGAACCUUUCCGGUCGGCUAGGUACUGAGCGCGCCAGGCUCUACAGAGUGAAGGUUUAAAUCCAAGGUCAUGGCAAAACAUCUGAAGUUCAUCGCCAGGACUGUGAUGGUACAGGAAGGGAACGUGGAAAGCGCAUACAGGACCCUAAACAGAAUCCUCACUAUGGAUGGGCUCAUUGAGGACAUUAAGCGUCGGCGGUAUUAUGAGAAGCCAUGCCGCCGGCGACAGAGGGAAAGCUAUGAAAGGUGCCGGCGGAUCUACAACAUGGAAAUGGCUCGCAAGAUCAACUUCUUGAUGAGAAAGAAUCGGGCAGAUCCGUGGCAGGGCUGCUGAGGCCUGUGGAUGGGACACCCAGUGCGAAACCCUCAUCCAGUUUUGUCUCCAUCUCUUUUCUUUGUACAAUCCCGUUUCCUGUUACCGUUCUCUGCAAUAAACUCAAAUCACAUGUCUGCAAGAAGGCCUCCAAAUAUAGAAGCAAUCCCAUUA